AUGUUGAAGGAGUUCAACAUCAAUCAGAACAGUCUUCAAUUUGUAUCUGUUGUCCUUGAAUUCCUCCUGAUGAGCUGGGAGCAACUUGGGUUUGAUCUCAUCAUCAUCAUGACCGGGACUGAACAGUAUAUUAAGAUUGAGAAAGAUGAAUGCACUGAGGAAGGAGAGUUGUUGCAAGAAGCAAUGAUGAAGAGGGUCAAGAAUGUGAUGAAGUACUAUCACCAUGAAACCAUUCACAUUGAUGUCAAGGUUGAUAAUGUCUUGGCUAUCCGAAAGGGUCUCAGUAUUCUGAUGAAAGAUGAGAAGGGUGGCUUUAAGGCGACAGUGCAGUGUAGUAUGUCUCAAAGAGGACAAAAGAGCCAGGGCAGCACCACUGGCCAGAAGAAACCAAUCUACCAGAAUAGCUUGAAGGCCGUUCUGCUCACUGCGCUGGCUGGCUGUAUUGAAGGAUACAUGUCACUCCAUGAUGAGGCUGGCCUCAUUCAAUGCGAUGUUUCCCCCCAGAACCUGAUGGUGAAUGAAGACAAGGAUAACUCAUCAUGGCCUGCCUUUCUGAUUGACCUUGACCUGGCAAUCAGAGUACAACGGGAUGCAUCUUCCGGCGCAUGGGGCAAGACAGGCACCAGGGCAUUCAUGGCCAUUGGUGUCUUGUACGGUGAAAAGCAUUGUUUCAUGCAUGAUCUGGAGUCAUUCUUCUGGGUCCUGUUCUGGAUAUACAUUCACUAUGACAGCCCAGGGAAGGGAAGCACUGUCAAGUGGUUUGAGAAAUGGAAUUAUAUGAGUACUGAAGAGCUGGCAGCUGCAAAGCAAGGAGUGAUAAGUGAGGAGAGUGACUUUCUUAGAAUUGCUGAAGACUAUUUCACACUGAGCUAUCAGUCCUUGAUCUCUUGUGUCAACCGUUUACAACAGCUUGUCUUUCCAAACAGCGGAUGGUGGAAGAAAGAAAAUUCCAAUCUAUCCCGGAACAUGAUUGAAACGCUUCAAGAUGGGGAAAAUGACCCAAACAUUGUAAACUAAUGCAGAUUCAGUGUAUAUGUUGAUAGCGUAUUGUAGCGUGACUUGCUUUUUGUUUGUGUUUUGAUAUAGCAUGCAUUUGAGUAAGAGUGAGGAUGGACAUGAUUUGUGAGAACCGCAACUCCUUGUAUUAUAUAUAUAUCUCUCUAUUGUACAAAACUAGUUCUCUAGGCUCCAUUGAUAUUCUAACUAUGCAUUCUUUAGCUGGCGGUGUGAUAUCCGUCGUUACAGGUGAGUAAUCCCGUGGGGAGCCCCGCUAGUUAGUCACCCAGCUAGAGAUUUACGCCUCCGAGACGACAGACGAGUGGUUAUGCGGACAUGUCUUGGGUGCGUGGGGUAUAUUGAUACAAUAUUCCCCCUUUCUACAUCUCAUGCUUUAACUCCAUCAAACGGCCACAUCAUCUUCAUAUCUUGGCGGUCCUUCUCACUCUCCAUGGCCGCCAAAACAGCCUCAUAUAUACGUUGAUAUCUAGUCGUUCCUGGUAAAUGCGCACUUCCUCAGAGCCCAAGACAGGUAUAGGACAACCUUCUUUAAAGCCGAAGUCUUGCCAAUGGUCCCUCAGCUGCAUCAAUUCAUGAGUAAAUGGCACCACACCAUCUUUCCAGGUCCGAUGACAGUAGCGGAAUGGUCGGAGGAGGAUUUCGUCAAUCUUUCUUACCGCCGCUAGCCGCGGAGCCAGAAGCCCUAAGCCUGCUUCAAAAGCCUGACUGCAGAGACUCUCCUCAGUGCCCUCUGAUGUUUCAUCCACAGGGGGCUUCGCGAAAUCAGGUACGUCAUCUGCAUAGUAGAAUGCUGGCUCAAUACAUGUGGAUUGCCAAUCAAUAAAACCUGUCACAACAGUGGGAUCAUCCUCGGAGACAAAAAUAUUUCUCUUAUGAAGGUCAGGAUGGAAUAGGGUUGGCGCCGCAUUAGAUUGUAUCAGAGGGUGUUGUAUCAAUUUGGGAAACAGGGCCUGGCCCAGACCCAAAAGUUCCAGAUGCUCGCUCACAGCGCCUUGAUAAGACGGUUGCUGAUGAGGAACAGGAUCAUCGGCGGGGGGCAGUCUCGCAAGGCCGACAUCAAUUAGGGCAGAGGAGUAUGAAAGAAGGUCACGCCCUAAAGAUACCAACGAGUGAGAAACUAUGAUAUAUUUUAAAGAGAAAGAAUAUCUUACAUGGUCCCCUAUUAGGUCCCUUAAAUGCAUAGUAUCUGGGCUCUCCAACAUUGCAAUCCCAGUAUGUGUUUCUGCAACUCGGCCCAAUGCAGUACUUAUAGUCAUCUAGCUUUUGCUUCAAACCAGUAUCAAGAAACACUGCAUCGGCAAAAUAAAGACUGCCAUAUCCUGGAAAGUCAAGUUCAGACAUCUUCAUAAUAUUUGUGGAAAUUGAUCUAAUGCAAUUCAUUUUCUGCGGAAAGGACAUCUUCGGCCACAUUUGAUGCAGUGGAACGCCGCCGGCAUGUUCCAUUAUAAUGUAUGCUGAGCCAAUGGGGUUGGCCAGGUCGUCACUCCAGUCCAAGAUGGUUGGAAUUGGUAUUUCGGCAUUCUGUUGCACUGUAUGGACAAGUAAGUAAAGUUGCCUUACCAAAUCUAGAUCCUCAUGCAUGUGGCCUUACAAUAAGUAAUUGUUGCAACUUCGGAGUUUGUGAUAAAUCUAGCUGGUCCAGCAACAGAUGUUGGAAUCUUUG